UCUCUCCAGCCCCUGGUUCGGAUGGCUGCGUCAGACCUCAGCGCGCACUGACUUGAUUCUUUCCACCAGGAAAUAUACUUUUAUCUGGAGCUUAGAGCUCGUGAUCUGAUCACCAUGGUGAAGAUCAGUGUCUUAGUUUUGUACAUCACUCAGGGCUUGUUCCCCUUCAUCACUGGGCAGCAGCGCUCCGCUCCGUGGCGCCAGCGGAUCCAAUGGCACAACAACGGACAGCUUUACAGUCUCGUGAGCACUGGGGCGGAAUUCCAGCCGCCGGUCCGGACCAGGAGUCAGUCGAUGGUUUACGUGAGUAGACGGGAUGCUGCUAGAGGUCAACCCCAGCGUGGGGCCAGCUUAGCGCGCCCAGUUCCUGGCAGCGGCCGCGCGUCAGGAGCCACGCAGGUGCCACGCCGGGCCACCUACCCGAGCGCACGCCGGCUCUCACAUGACCACACGUCCAAUUCAUCCGCAGCAGGACAGUUAUCACUCCUACCGGCCAGAAUGCGGGAAGGUGCGGUGGUCGACGGAACCGCACUGCAACCGAGAGCCGCCGGCGCGCCGCAGCAGCUUUUACGCGCGGUGCCAGAGGCCGCGCCUGUCUCCAGACAGCCCGACCACCCCAUGCAGGGGCACGCGGCAUCUCUGAGGAGAGAAUCCGAGCCCUCAUCCUCGCCUUUCCCUGGAGAUGCUGUGGGUGAGGGCGCCAACACCAGGGAGGACAUGGUCAACGACGACCCUCGAAAUCCUUUUAAGAACCACAGGAACUCCGUUUUCUACAACAUGCAUCCACCAGCCGGGAGGUCAACAGGCCACCGACCCCCAGCUGCAGGAUAUGGAACGAGAUACUUCCAAAAUGGACUGCCCGAUCUGGUGCCAGACCCGUACGCCAUCCAAGCAGGUGCUUACGUCCAGCGCAUGCAGAUGUACGCGCUGCGUUGCGCGGCUGAGGAAAACUGUCUGGCCAGGUCUGCAUAUGCUCCGACUGUGCGAGACAUCGACUUCAGAGUUCUCCUGCGUUUCCCUCAGAAGGUGACCAAUCAGGGCACUGCAGAUUUCCUGCCAGUCAAGCCCAGAUACCAGUGGGACUGGCACAGCUGCCACCAGCACUAUCACAGCAUGGAUGCCUUCAGUAACUACGACCUGCUGGACGCCAACACCGGCCGAAAGGUUGCAGACGGCCACAAGGCCAGCUUUUGCCUGGAAGAUACGGGCUGCGAGUCCGGAUUCAGGCGUCGGUUCGCCUGCACCUCACACACGCAGGGACUGAGUCCGGGGUGUCAUGACCUCUACGCCGCCAACAUCGACUGUCAGUGGAUCGACAUCACCGAUGUGCCUCCGGGAAACUACAUUUUAAAGGUUACCGUCAAUCCCAACCAUCACGUCCUGGAAUCUGACUUCACUAACAACAUCGUGAGAUGCGAACUCACCUACACAGGAGUCUUCGUUCAGACGCGCAACUGUCGAGUAGCACGGGCUUGAAAUCUCAGCGGAGACGGAAUCCUGCAAGAAAUAAUGCAAAUACAAGCCGCUUCUACCAUCGACAGCUGAACCACUUCUGAAUCGCUCCAACAAACACAAACAUAUCUAUGUUUCCAAGUACUGUCUUUCCUCUGCAGCUGACUAUAUUUGCUCAACAUAAAUGUUUCAAUACUUCAGUGGCAAGAUCUUUUCAUCUAGUUUGGAGCCAACAGUCAUGAAUCUAAAAGGCAACGUGACGAAUGAAUGAAUUAUUCAGCAAUGACGCUUGAAUUUUAGAUAGUUUAAUCACAGAGGGACCAUCCUUCAUCUUCGACGUAGCAACAAAAGUAAUUACGAGUCGGCGUGUCUGGGAAAACAUUUGUUUUAAUAUGAUAAAUAAAUGGCUUCCACUUCCGUACCACAGAAAACAUGUUUUGUAAAUGAGUGCGAACAGAAGUCCUUGCUUAUUUGUAUAAUCCAAACCCAUAUAAACUGUAGUUAGUCACGGUAACCACCAUAGAACACUUUCUGUCACUUACUGUCUUUAGAUAGUAUAAUAUAUUCCAUAAUAUAAAGUUAUAUAUUUGCAUUGUCUGUUUAACCUUCUGUUUUUUUUACAUUAAAUUAAGUGAGAAUUGACUGAGUCAUGGACACACAUGUAACUAAAAAUAAAGAUAGGAAUAAUAAAAUACACACAAUUAAAAAAAAUGUUUUCAUGCACUAAGACUACACAAAACAAGGGGUAAAACUUCAAUACAAAUGUGUAACUUAAUUGUGUUUAAUAUGUGGAUAAAAAGUCGCAGAUAAUUAUAUUUAAAAAGGAAUCAAUAGGGCUGUCAAUAGAAAUCCAGAAAUCCAUCUCAGUUAAUCGCACUGAAGCUCGCAUUUUAUUGGCAAAUGAAUCGCACUUUUUGCAUCUGUUCUAAAUGUAACUUAUAGGAAGUUGUCAAGCAUGUUUAGCAUGUUUUUUUAACCCUUUUUUCCUGCCUCUGAGGUGAUUUAGAACUGCGAAAUGUGCGAUUCAUUUGCCAUUAAUCGCGAGUUAACUCUGCUUUAGUGCCAUUAACUGAGAUUAAAAAUCUAUUGACGGCGCGAUCAUCG